AUGAAGAAACUGACCUGGAUGUCGAGGCUGGACUGGUGCACAAUCGCAAAGUCUUUGCCAUCGCUGUGUUCGCGUCUCUUGGAGGAUUGUUAUAUGGCACGUCUAACCCUCCAACGUUUCAACGAACUGACCUCUAACAUGGCCGUCUGCACCAGGAUACAACCAGGGCGUCUUCUCUGGCGUACUCGCGUAGGCUUCCUGAUGCAGUCCUUCAAAAACCGGAUGGGCGAUGCGGUGGAGGACGCGGGGAAGAAGGGCUGGCUCGUUGCCAUCCUUGAGCUGGGAGCUUGGGCGGGCGUACUCAUGACAGGUUAUCUCGCCGAUAAAUUGUCGCGGAAGUAUACGAUCGUCUUAGCUGUCGUCGUAUUUUGCAUUGGUGUCGUCGUCCAAACUGCCGCCGAGGCCUCGCCUUCAAUCUUCGGAGGUCGAUUCGUCACAGGUCUCGGCGUUGGAUCGCUGAGCAUGGCCGUACCCUUGUACAACGCGGAAAUCGCCCCUCCGGAGGUGCGCGGCAGUCUAGUGGCGCUCCAGCAGCUCGCGAUCACGUUCGGGAUUAUGAUCUCUUUCUGGAUUGACUUCGGCACCAAUUACAUUGGAGGUACGGGAGAAGGCCAGCACGAAGCGGCGUGGAGGAUUCCGCUUGGUCUGCAGCUCGCGCCGGCUAUUGUUUUGGGUAUCGGGAUUUUGUUUAUGCCCUUCUCUCCUCGUUGGCUGAUCAAUCAAGGACGCAACGAUGAAGCUCUUCAAGUCCUUAGCAGUGCGCGAGGUCUGCCCCCAGAUGCAGACUUGGUCCAGAUCGAGUUCUUGGAAAUCCGAGCCCAAUAUCUCUUCGAGAAGGAGACCGCAGAGCUCAGGUUCCCGCAAUACCAGGACGGCACUUUUGCGUCCAACUUCAAGCUCGGGUUCUUCGACUAUGUCAGUCUUCUGCGCGAGAAGAAUUUGUUAUACCGAGUCGCCGUCGGAACCUUAACGAUGUUCUUCCAGCAAUGGACCGGUGUCAAUGCUAUUUUGUACUAUGCUCCGAGCAUCUUUGAGUCGUUGGGCCUCACCGGCAACACCAUCCCCCUUCUCGCGACAGGCGUUGUCGGCAUUGCCAUGUUUUUGGCGACCAUCCCAGCGGUCCUGUGGGUCGACCAACUCGGACGCAAGCCUGUCUUAAUAUCUGGGGCGUUCUUGAUGGCAGCGUGCCAUUUCAUUGUUGCAAUUUUGACUGGACUCUUUCAGGACUCGUGGGGUAGCCAUUCAGCUGCGGGUUGGGUCGCGUGUGUCUUCGUGUGGAUAUUCUCGAUUGGCUUUGGUUAUAGCUGGGGACCAUGUGCUUGGAUUCUCGUUGCUGAGAUUUGGCCUCUAAGCGUCCGAGGAAAGGGACUUUCGAUUGCUGCGUCUUCGAACUGGAUGAACAACUUUAUCGUUGGGCAGGUAACGCCGUCGAUGCUCAAGCACAUCACGUACGGGACGUUCAUCUUCUUCGGAGCCUUCUCGCUGUUGGGAGGGCUAUUUGUCAUCUUCUUUGUGCCCGAGACCAAAGGACUGACACUCGAAGAAAUGGACGAAGUGUUUGGAGCAACUCAGAGUCUCGCUGUUGCCGAUCAAGAGCGUCAAAACGCAAUCUUCCGCCGUCUUGGGCUCAUCACAGAAGAUCUCAAAGACAGAAAAAGCGAUGAAGAAUCCCAGACAAAGGAUGGGUAG